GGGGGGGGGGUGGGCGCCUGGCUAGCGCUGAGCUGGAGGUUGCCUGGCGGGAAGAGCCUGGGACGCGGAAAGAGCUUGACCUUCGGUGAUAAUGCAUCCUGUAUUGUGCAGUGAAAAAAGCACUGGAUCUGGAACUCAGAGACUGGGGUGGAAUCCUUGCUUGGCCAUUGAUUACCCAUAGGACUUCAGAUCCUGAAGAGAAAAUGGCCACGUCCCUGAUUGCAGCCUUUUCCGUAUUAGUUUCCUGUGUUUGCGGCACUAUCUUCCACAGAGACCAGACUUGGUUUGAAGGUGUCUUUUUGUCCUCCAUGUGUCCCCUCGACGUUGGCAUGGACACCAUGUAUGGUAUCAUGUUUGAUGCAGGAAGCACUGGAACUCGAAUUCAUGUUUACACCUUUGUGCAGAAAAUAUCAGAACAUCUUCCAACACUGGAAGGGGAAGUCUUUGAGUCAGUGAAGCCAGGCCUUUCUGCCUUUGCAGAUCAACCAAAGCAGGGUGCUGAGACUGUUCAAAGACUCUUAGAGAUAGCCAAAGAAUCCGUCCCCCGGAGUCACUGGAGGAGGACCCCAGUGGUGUUAAAAGCUACCGCAGGCCUUCGUCUCCUGCCUGAUCACAAGGCCCAGGCUCUGCUCUGGGAAGUAAAGGAGAUCUUCAAAAAAUCACCUUUCCUGGUCCCAGAAGACAGUGUUAGCAUCAUGGAUGGAGCCUAUGAAGGAAUAUUAGCCUGGGUCACUGUGAAUUUUCUGACAGGUCAACUAUAUGGUCAAAACCCAAAGACUGUUGGGACUCUGGACUUGGGAGGUGCUUCCACCCAAAUCACAUUCCUGCCUCAACUUAAGAAAACCCUGGAACAAACCCCCAGUGACUAUCUCACAUCCUUUGAGAUGUUCAACAGCACGUAUGAGCUCUACACACAUAGUUACUUAGGAUUUGGACUAAAAGCUGCUAGACUUGCAACCUUGGGAGCCCUGGACACGGAAGCCACUGAUGGACAGACGUUCCGAAGUUCCUGUCUACCCAGGUGGCUGGAGGCCGAAUGGGAUUUUGGGGGAGUGAAAUAUAAAUAUGGUGGCAGACGAGAAGGGGAGACAGGGUUUGAGGCCUGCUAUUCUGAAGUGCUUCAGGUGGUUCAAGGAAAACUUCACCAGCCAGAUGAGAUCCGCAAAAGCUCCUUCUAUGCCUUUUCUUAUUAUUAUGAUAGAGCUGUUGACACAGGCAUGAUUGAUUAUGAAAAGGGAGGCAUUUUAAAAGUGAAAGACUUUGAAAAAAAAGCCAGGGAAGUGUGUGAUAACCAGGAACACUUUAUCUCGGGCAGUCCAUUCCUGUGUAUGGAUCUCAGUUACAUAACAGCCUUAUUAAAAGAUGGCUUUGGCUUCAUGGACAGCACUGUCUUACAGCUCACAAAGAAAGUGAAUAACAUAGAGACUGGCUGGUCCCUGGGUGCUACCUUUCAUCUACUACAGUCUCUGGACCUUUCCCACUGAGGCCCAGUACUGCCUACAGGGUCUACAAAUGCCAAUCAGUGACCUUUACAGGAGGAUUGAUGGCCCAUUCAUGUUGCUCAAUGAGUCUAGAAUACCAUGGACCAAAGCCAAGCAGCCACCUCCAUGAGGAGCUAGCGAAAUUAGUAGAUGAGAUUUGACCUGGAUCCUUAUGAUUUGUUUAAUUAAUUAUACACAUUUAAUGUGAGCUGUCACCUGACCUCUCUGAUUGUUUGGAGCCAUUACCAGAGUCUUAAGCAUUUGAACCUCUUUCUGUGUUGUGAAAAGCCCCAUCAGACAAAAAAGGUAGAUUAGGAAUUUUACCCUUGGGUUGGGAUCCCAGGAACAAACCCUAAGAGUCAACUCUGCAUCCCUAGCACUAGUCUUCAGAAUCAAAUUCUGGAGAACCGUGUGGGACCAAAGAAAACUAAAAGAAAAACCAACCUUUGGAAUUCUCGUCUUUAUUGAAAAGCUCCAAUUAUUCUGUAUGUUAAAAUGAUUUAUUUAUAAUCCCAUAACAUGUUUAACAACAAUUGGGGGGUUUUGGUUUGUUUUGUUUUUGCUUGGGGGGGAGUGGGGUAGAACCUUAGGCCUUUAAAAAAAAAUCUCUUUACCAUCAUAUCUGAAAUCAUGUAUAGUCCUGACCAUUAUAACUCUGGUCAGUAACCUCUAUCCAAGCAGAGUACUUUGGGUUGGCCAUUCUGAAUCUUAGUGAGGAGAAUGGGGAAUUCCUGUGAUAAAACAGUCUCAUGGGCAGUCUCAUGAUUUUCUCCAGUACAUGCAAAGUGCAAUAUUUAGGAACACAGAAAUUAUCUUCCCUCUGGCUGAGCCCAUCCACCUGAUUAUUCAUGGAUGCUGAUUGUUCGUUCCAAAGAAAAGCUUAGCGGUGCACCAAGGAUAGAUUGUUCUUUUGUCUCAUCACAUCUUUUAAGCUAGGGUACUUCCUAAUGGCUAUAUUUGGUCCAUCCAACAUAAUAUUUUGUUGGCAACAGCAGUCUUGAGGGACAUGCUGUCAGACGUCAUUCUCUUCCUUAAAGUUAAUCUUGAAGACUAGGGAUGCUUCAGUUACUCUUAGUAGAUAUUUAUGGCUCUUAUGAUGCACACGUUGGAGCAAACCUUUUUUUGGGGGGGGGCAUUCUUUUUUUUUUUUGAGAUUUUUUAUUUUUAGUUUACAAACACUCGGUUCUACAUAAUUUUGAGUUCCAGAUUUUCUUCCCCCUCCCCCUCUCCCUCCCCAAGACAGCAUGGAAUCCAAUAUAUCUUCUACAUUUAAUUUUGCAUUGAACUUAUUUACACAAUAGUCAAGUUGUAAAGAAUUAUGACCAAUGGAAUGAAUCAUGAGAAAGAAGAGACAGAACUAAAAAAAACCCCAAAAAACUAAAGAAAAAAAAACAGGGGAAAAAAAAAGGCAGGCAUAAAGUGUGCCUCAAUCUGCAUUCAGACUCCAUAGUUCUUUCUCUGGAUGUAGAUGACAUUCUCCAUCAUGAGUCCUUUGGAGCUGUCUUUGCACCUUGUGUUGCUGAGAAGAGCAAAGUCUAUCAGGGUUAGUCAUCACAGUGGAGCAAACCUUUUUAAAAAUCUGUAUUUUCUAUUUGGGGUAAGUAAUGAGUCAUAAUCUCUCUCCUGUCUCAGCUCUAAAAUUCUGAUUCUAUAUGCUUGUUACCUAAACUUACCUCACAAAAGUUUUAAAAGAUAGCACCCUAUCCUAGUAUUUCCAUAUAUGGUGAACAAGCUUGUGUAUUCACCUCAUCCACAGCAUUUCAUAAUUUUUAUAGAUUUUAAUCAUGUCUUCCAGUCUUUUAGUCUUUCACAUGCCACUUAUUUUGGUUGCUAUUCUCCAGUUCUUCUAUAGUUUUACCAGGUCUUUCUUGAGGCGGCAGCCAGAAUUGCCUAUGGUGUUACCAGAAUGGAUUUUCUAGUGGAAGGAUAGGACAGUCUGUUGUUUGAUUUUCAGUACCUUUAUGAAUGAUUCUCGACAUCGUUUGCCUUGUUGGCUACAGCAACACAUUGGGGUCAGCAUUCUCAGGGAGCAAUCUUUAUGGUCUCCCAAGUCAUUACAGCCCACUUACGGGUAGUAAUCCAGUCGCUAAGACUUCUUAAUUUUUUGUAUGUUUGAACUGUUUAUCCAAAAGUGCACUACCUUAUACUUGUCCACAUUAAAACCUAUCAGCUACAUCUCUGUCCACUAAUGUCUUCAUGUAUGAUUAACAAUAGCUACCUUUGUAAGGUCUGCAGACUGCUUCCCAUAUAUUAUCUCAUUUGCUCUACAGUUGCUUCCUUUUCUUUUGCAAACUUAGAGAUUACACUGUGUACUUCUCUGAAUCACUUACAAAGAUGCUAAAACCAAUACUAUCACCAAUCCCUAAUUCCUCCCCUUUUCUUUCUCCCCCCCCCCAUUUCUGCAUUUAGAAAAGUGCCCAUUUUCUCUCUCUCUAUUCCAAUUUUCAAGUCAGAAAAUCACUUCUAAAUCUUAGAAUGAUUCGUUUGGCAUGGAGCUUUGUCUAAGUCUUUUUGAAAGAUGACUCAAAUUCACUGGUUCCCCUUUAUGUCUUGGUACUUGAUGUAUCUUUGAGGGGAGUUUUAUUGUUCAGUCAUUCAGUCAUGUCUGACUCUUCAUGACCUCCUGCACCAUACUCUUCAUGAGGUUUUCUUGGCAAAGAUACUGGAGUGGUCAUUUCCUUCUCCAGUGGAUUAAGGCAAGCAGGGGUUAAGUGACUUACCCAAGGUCACACAGCUACUAUGUAUCUGAGGCUGGAUUUGAAUUCAGGAGUUCUUGACUCCAAGCCCAGCACUCUAUCCACUAAAGCCAUUUAGCUGCCAUUGAGGGGGAUAAAUGAGCAAAUAAAGGGGAACCCAUGGGUACAAUCUGUUAGAUUUAACAUGACUUCUUUCCAUAGAAACCAAGUUGCCUUCCCCCUCAAUUCAUUCUGUUUAGUGAUCCAUCCUUUACCAAUUUCCCCAGGGUAGAAGUGAGUCUCACUGGUCUUCCUUAUGUUCUCUCUAGCAUCCUUAUGAACAGAGGUCACACUCUCAAUCAUCCAGUACAAUGGCAGAAGUCGUCUGUAACAACAGAUUACACAUUUUGGCCAACAUUGUCAUUUUCAAAAUUCAGAAUGACGCCACCAGAUCCCAGUGCUUCAUACCUACAUUGAUUUUUGUCAUUUUUAGAACAUGCUGAGCUAUAGAAUCUAGCACACUUAACCUAUUCAUUUCAGAGAGCAGUUUAGGAGUAGCAAUUUUCCUAAUACCUCAAAAAAAUUCAACCAGUCUUUCAUCCAUCCUCCCUCAUCCAACAAGCAUUUAUUAUACAUCUGCUGUGUACUGCUGAUGUAAUGCAUCAAGAAAGGUGCUAAGGGAGAUAUAAAGGUAAGAGAGUCUGUGCCCUUACAGAGCUUAUAUAUAGUAGGGGUGAUAAGAUGUAUAUUAAAGUAAAUAUAGUGCAAAUUAGAACAUAAUGAGUUUAGUGUGGAGGUGAAAGAAUCUUUUUUUUUCAUUCUAUAGUGGUAUACUCUUUAAGCCCUACAGUCAUUAAGAGAGUCCCGUUGAUUCUUACCUGGUUUCUUCCAUUCAUAUAUUUAAACAAUUCCUUUUUUGCUCUUAGAAAACUAUUCCCCAAUCUCUUUUCUGGAUCACCUAAUUUUCUAAUUAUAUCAGCUUUAUAGGUGGUCCAUUUUCACACUGGCUCUUCCCUUAAAAAACAAUGCUAAGGGGCAGCUACAUGGCACAGAGAGUAGAGCACCAGCCCUAGAGUCAGGAGGACCCAAGUUCAAAUCCAGCCUCAGACACCUGACACACUUACUAGCUGUGUGACCUUGGGCAAGUCACUUAACCCCAAUUGCCCUGCCUUCCCCCUUACAAAAAACAAAAAAAACCCGUAAAAAUAAAAAAUUCUCCUUUUUUUCCUUGCAACAACUCUCUACUGACUAAUUUUGACCUUGGCACAUUUUAGACCUCCUAUAAUGUUAAUUAGGCAUAUGGUUCUGUUGCAUGCAUUACUAAAACACAACUAAAGCAUUUUUCCAGGAAUUUGUUUUCUGUAUCUCUCAUAAUGGGCUUUUGGAUAAAAGUAAAUUGGUUUCAUAUCAGAACGUGGACUAAAGAUUUGAAUUUAAACCUAAUGAAAGGCUUUCCUGUAAGAUUGUUUUUGAUGUUUCAUUGAUCUUUCCUCAAAGGCUAAGCUCAUCCACUUAGCUUUUCACAAAUAUUGGUCAUUUCAAAGAAAAAUUUAGCACUUGCCAACAUACCUUUCUCUUUUCUCUUAAAAUCUUUUCAUCAGACAAUUUUACUAUAACAGGCAAGAUGACUUGGAGAGACAAAAUGAUGGUCCUUUAAAAAUCUGAAGUGAUGUGGCAACUUAGUCCUUUGACUCUCAAAAUCUUGGAUACUAUCAUUAGGUUUUAAAGUGAUUACUUGACUCUCUGUCAUGGUUUCCCAAAACACUUUGUGCCAGUCCUUCAAUCAACCCUUUAAAUGUCUUCAAUCUAUAAAGCUUGAUAGAAAAGUUUUCUAAUUCUAAGGAAUUAUGGCUACUAAUUGGGUCUUGCUUUGAAUAGCACCCCCUAGGAAAAAGAGAACUAAAGAACUACAUCAGUUGCUUCCUUAUAAAUUCUUCAGUGAUUUUAACCCUUGACUUGGGGUCUAAGCAGGGUGGAAGUAGUUACCUGGGCCUAGGGCUACAAAAGAUGCAUUUUUUUCAUUCUUGCUAUUCUCAGGAGCUUUAGACUCUAAUACUUGCACAUGAGAUGCUGAGGGAGUGUUGUACGUCAACAUGAGUGUAACUUUUGCUGCUAAUCAUAAUUUCCUUUUGACCUGGUUCUAAGAGGUCCUCCAACCCGUGCAAUGAGAUUAUUUAUUGUUUUGAUGUGGUUUCCCAGAGAGGGAACCAUAAAUAAAGCUGUAAUUUGAUGUGACGUGAUAACCAACAUUAACAAGAAUUGGCUUUCUCUUUAGAAAGUUCAGCACAACCAGAGCAAAAUUUAAAAUAAUUUAUAUGUAAUUUUAAUGUUAAUUUUCAAAUUCCUAAUUUUAUUAAAAAUGUCAACUGGAUGUAUGCACUUCUCAACUCAAGCUGAAAUAUGGUGUGAAAAACAGAAAUACUGCCCGUGGCUAAUGAUUAUCAGAAAAAACAAAGCUACUUGGGCAGCACUCUGGUGUCUAUUUUAAUAAUAAAAGGCUAUUUUCCACCAGU